AUGUUGGGUGUGCUCGCGCUCGUGAUCGUCGCCUCCUUGCUCUUCCUGCUGUUGCUUGUUCUGCUGUUCUUCUAUCUGGCUCGCCGCCGGGAAUGGCUCCUUGUCUCGUCUUCUUCCUCUUCCCCUUCCUCGCCCCCUUCUGCUGGUCUGCCCGUCCCAAAGGUAAGAAACUGUUGUUGCUUUGCGUGGCUUGUUGUCAGGUUCCGCCCGCCGGUGCCAGUUAGGUUUCAGCAUAGUGAGGACAAUGCCGGCUGGGUCCCUUUUUCUUUUUCUCAUCUUCCCAUUGGAAUCAGUGCAGGCUUUCUUAUUUUUUUCUCCCUGGAAUUCGUCCGAAUUUAUGUCUCUAAGGCCUUCCACAGCCUUAAUUUGCAAUGCCUUCAAAUAUUUUGACGUUGGCUUUAACAUGUGGAAAUUGUAAUUGUGUAAGCGGAGAAAUGCAUCUUUCAUCAUCCUGCUAAAGGAGGAAGGCAAGCCAAACGAAAGAUAAAUGAAGUGAGAAGCCGAACUUUUAGGGAAAAGAUGCAGCAAUAGCAUUACAGGGAGUUGGUACCGAUGCAUAGCCGUGCAUCAUCUUCUCUGAUCGUCUCUCUCCCUUUUGAUUUUAUUCGACCUUUUUCAAACCAUGAUCUCAACUCUUAUCUAAGAACCAUAGUAAGAAAGGAGACGAUAAACUAAAAAUUAUGAUCUAUCUUUUUUUAGUCAAAUAAUAAUAGAAAUUUGAUUUUAGAUAAAGGAAGGUGUAAGUCCCCUCUAUCGCUCGAUGGACUGAAUUUUUUUGGCGAGAGAGUUAUCACUGGGAGAAAAAAGCUAAGUUAGACAGAAGUAUGAUUUUUUUUGUAGUCAAACUUUCUGAAGCAGUAAAAUUUCUGUCAGAUUGUCCCUGGCUGAGGUAAGAUCCUAUUCCACCAAUGUUUUUUGUGCUAUGAGAAUUCUCGUUUUACUUACAUUUCCCUCCAGAAAGAGUCAGACGAGUCUUUGUACACAAUAUGAUUCACUAAUUCAAAUAGAUAUGAUCCUCUCUGACAUGUCAUGGGUUCAAGUAGUUGGUCAAAUCUUUCCUCUUUAAUUUGUUGACAGCUUGUGUGCAAUGCACAAGAAAUUUGUGCGAUUUACCCCGUUGGUUGGGUAGAGACUGUGGAAUUCCUUCUAAGCACAACGAAAUGAAGAACAAUUUUGAUUUUUGGGUGAUAUUAUUCACUCACUCAAGUUGGCAAUUCCUUGAAAACAGUUCUCCAAGAAAAUCAUCACGUAUUUUGAAUGCAGUGCCAUGCUGAGAAAUAGGACCAAACAAGUCUGAAACAUCAGAAACAGGAACAAAUGUUGGAGCAUCAAAAAUGUGGGCAAAGGACUUGGCAAUGAUUGUCUUUUGGUUCUUAGCUCCAACUUGUCUUUAUGAUCAGAGCAUACCAUUCGACAUUUUCCCAAAAUAUUGGGAUCUGACUUCUUAGUCAUGGCCAUGCUUCUUAUUCAUUUAAUGUGUAUAAUGUGUAGAAUCACCUCAUUCUUUUCUUCACCCUAAAAUAGUUUCAUUAUAAAAAUGAACUUGUUUAACCCUUUGUUCCUUGCUAUAUUUUCUUAGCAGGUUGAUAUAGAGAAACCUCUUCUCUCUAAUGAUUUUGGAGAAAUUCCUGGUCAAAUUAGUUGUUCAGCUAGAAGAUGUCUUUCAGACGAAUAUAGACAUGAGAAUGAUGUGAAUAUUAGCUCUCUUAUAACGCAUCUGUCUCCUAAGAAUAGAGAGAAGCAAUUGAUAGGUCGAGAUGGUCCAGGUGUGUUAAAUAACUGAUUAAUUUCUCAGGCUCUCUCAAAAUUAUCAUCUCCUCUUUUUAUUUAUUUUCUUUGGUACCUAUGAAGUGUUGCCUUUUUCUAGCUGUUCUGAUGGUUUUUGAGUUCUCAAUAUGAUGUCUGCUAUGAAUCAGAUGAUUUGGUAGUUGGCCAGACGCUCAGGUUUACAGAGGUGGCAAACUGGCGAGAAGAAGAGUUCGCACAUGACAGGAAAAAAAAUACUAAAAAUGACUCAGAAUUGUUUGGGGAGAUUCUCAGACAUCAGGUGUCUCAAGUUGUGGACAAAUCGGCACAUGAACGUACUAUCUCCUUUCAUAUUUUAUCUCAUUUGGUUGCCUGAUGAAGAAUGUGUGCUAAGCUAAAUGUCAAUAUAAUUUUGAUGAUUACAUGCUAUUUGAUCCUCUAGUUUGUUAAAUUGCAGGAAGCAGCCUGUUCCUAGAGGUUAUUUCUGGCCCUUCAUGUGGGCUCCAAUGCUCCAGACAGUCAAACAACUCUUCUGGCCGUCCAUUGACUCUUGGAAGAAUUUCUUCUAGUGACCUAUUCCUGGAAGACGCAGGAGUCUCAGGGAAGCAUGCAGUCAUCAAUUGGAACAAGAAUGUACUAUGUCUAUACAUGCUUCACCUAUUUGUGCCUGUAGCAAUCUUUCCUUUGUAGGAGUCUCUUUGAUUGACUUUUUUCGCUAGAGUCCUAUUUUGAUUUCAUGUACUCUUUGUAGACAUUUAAGUGGGAGCUGGUGGAUAUCGGAAGCUUGAAUGGAACGCUCUUGAAUUCACAGGCAGUCCAUAAUCCUGAGCUAGGACGUCCAAGUGGUAGUGCACCUGUGGAGCUUGCAGAUGGAGAUAUAAUUACACUUGGCUCUUCUUCAAAAAUAUUUGUGAGUCAUGGUCAUUCCGUUGCUUUGUUGAUUUAUGGUUUCUACUUAAAAUUAUUCAAAUUCAUUGAGGUAGAAGGAUAAUUUAGAUUCCGAGAAUGCAUGCAAAAAGUUUCCUGUAUGUCUCUAUAUUUUUUAUAUCUCUUCUUGUUUUUGACUGGAGUGGUGCUGCUUGUCUCUGUUUCCUCCAAAAACAAAGUCCAAGCGAGGAGACUACAUGGAAGGAAUCUAUAUAAAUUUCAAUAUAAAAAAUGGCCCAGAACUUGAAUAUUCGAUUUUUAAGAUAUAUGAUUGAUUGCUUUAAUCCUUCUGUUAGUUGUCCUAACUAAAAUGUAAGGCCUACUGUGGUGCCUGGAAAUUUUGAGCAAAAUCUUAAUUUAUGAACUGCUGGGUCACUUCACCUUGGGCUACGAAAUUCAUGCUAAUCCAUGUCUAGUUUUAUCACAGACAGUUCCUGAAGUUCGAAAAGACAACUGAAAGGACCUAAAAUUUCUAAAUUGGCUUGUGCUUUGUAAUUAGUUAUCGUUUAUUUUCAUUCACAGAAGAUGAUACAUCUUUUCAUUUUUGUCCCAACUAUAUUUUCAAGAUUUACUUUUAUUUUUAAAUCUCCCGGUAUUCAUUUUUGUUCAAUUAAAUUAUUCAUUCGUAAUGAUUCAAUUUUCCUUACUCCGUGGUACUCUAGACAGAUAUAUAUUGAUCACUUACAUUAUUGAAGAGAUGCUAAGAAUAAUAAUUCAUUUCUCUUGAUGUUCAAGAAGUUUAACUAAAAUCUACUUCAUGUUGGUGUACGACUUUGUUGGAUCUGUUGAUAAAUAAAUCGGAAAAAUAAAUUUAAGAAAUGCAUACGUAAAUGUGAAUGAUAGAAAUGGGAACGCAUGUACAAUCUAUCUGCUCAGGAAACGAGAGUAGUGGACAUAUUGAGAAAUGUGCAAAGGUAUGAAUGCCAACAUGCUGAUGAGCUAUUGAGCAGAUUUCUCUUCAAUAAUAGAAGCUGCAAGUGGGUAAUGUCAUCAUUUAUAAUGUCACCUCUAUACUUGCAAAGUAGAUUCCUUGUAGGACUUGGAACUUGUCAAGUUCCAUAACGAGCCAUCUAUUCUAAGGAGUGCUUUCAUAAUUCAGGAAAGUAUUGCUCCGAAUGCUCAAGGCAUAGGCACUGCAAUCUGGCUUGCAUACUCUAUGUGCCGGAUCCUAUGUAUAAGCUAGCGAUGACAUUGGGUAACGACGUACAUCAAGAUCUAUUUUUGAAGGAUAGGAAAUAUAGAGGAGAUUCGAAAAGUGAUGGAGGGAAGAUGGUGGGGUGCAGUUGCUAUUUAGUUAGGAAGGUUUCAAACGAAGAGUUUGUGUUUCAUAGUAAGGUCCUUUGGUGAAUGUGGAGGUUUUGUCUAGUGUAGCUCAAGAUUUUUAAGUUAGCCAUGCCAUUGACCUUCCUGUGACAAUGACAAGUGGAGGACGCUUGGACACUAAUAUUAUAUAUAUUUUAAUUACUAUAAAUUAUAAUUAAUUAUAGAGAAAGUAAUGAAUAAGAUAAAGUAUAUGUGCUUACAUCCUCAAAAGAUCACAUGAAUUGGUAUUCACAUAAAAAAAUGAUAGAGGAUAAAGUUCAGCAGAAAAUAACAAUAAUGAAUUGUUGAUAUAAUUAUCAAAUAUAUUUGAUAAAUAUUCGAGUAAAAACAUUUAAUGUAAUUCAGCAGAAAAAAUGUAUGAAUAAUUUAUAUCAGACAAGAAGCUUUUGUGUGGGAUUGGUAAUGUGAAUUUGUGGAUGUAAGCAAAGGCAUAUUCAUGUCCAUGAAGUUAGUGAUACUUUGCCAUUGCAUUGAUGACUUGGCAGUAUUGCUCCUGGCCACCUUGCCAAGGUGUUACUUUAACAAUGUUCAGAAUAUUUGGCCUGGGCUUGAUCAUUUGGGUUUGUAUCUUAUAUGCACAUACCUUCAACAUGACUAGUGUCAAUUAAUAAAGAUUUUCUGGAUCCAUUGUGAUGAGGCAAAUGUGUAAAGAGUCUAGUGGAGUCGUUUCUGUCUCCACAAAGGUUAUGCAUGUCAUGGUUGGAGAGGGAUAUGUAAUAACUUCUAAAAUCUCAGUGAGAGUUUUUGGCCAUUUAGUAACCGCAAGGCCUUUAAAGUUCCUUGAGAUGGGAUGGUGUUUCUCAUCAUUGAGAAAGUUAGAAAGGAGGGAGGAUUCCACGAGUAGCUCACAUCCACAGUAGGUUUUAAGAAUUCUCUGAGGUUUUGAUACUAUCCAUUUCACUCCUUUGGUUUGGAUGAUUCGAAAAAUAUUUAGGUUCAUCGCAGUUUUGGAUGGAAAACGAUGCAGUACUGUGAUAAAAUUAAUGAAAACUGUGUGUACUUUUUAUGGAGAAUGCACUUAUGUUACAUGUUUCUAAAUGAAAGGAAAGAAAUCUAUAUCGAUCAAUCAUCCAAAUUGAUCUUUUCGUGUUGAAUUGAUCAUGAUUGCACCUUGGAAAUAGAUUUUCUUCACAGUAAAUUUUUCCACGAGAAAACAUAAAUAAGUUCAUUCAAAUUGGACAUUGAAUGGUUGGUUGAGCUCUGAAACAUAUGAAGAAGGAAUCCUACCUAACCAAUAAGAUGGGAAUAUAUAUAGAUGAAAAAUUUACUCAUAUCAACGUUUAUCGUUUGAAAGUUCUGCUUCCUUGUGAAGAGUGCAGUUACAUUUUUUUUAAUGGAAUGGCAGGAGGGGGUCGUCUGAAUAAAUCAUGUCAUGCACUAAAUGUUCAAGCAUAAUUUUGUCCAAGCUUCAUGUUUGCACAUUCUUUGGUCUCCCAAUCCUCUAUCUUUCUCUCUCUCUCUCUCUCUCUCCUUUCUUUCUCUCCCAGCCUCGCUAUCUCUCCCACUGUAUUGCCCUCCACUCCCUCUCUCUUUGGCGCUGUGGACAGAAUGGACGUGCAAAAAUAUUGCACGUUGAGCCUAUAAGUAACAAGAUCCACAGUCUUUGGGGUCUAUUAGAAUUGAUUUGGGGGACCCUUGACUUGACAAGGAUUUGAUUGGUGUCCCAUGGAUCUGCAAUGGUUGCUUGAGUACACAAGCAAAGAAAAAUUUGUAGAUAGAACGAAAAUUCUAUUAUUCCUGGGGAAAAUGAGAUGCUACAAUUCUUGGGCCAAUAAAUAGGCUGAAUUUAGUUCUUACUUUAUUAGGUAGGAUUAAAUAAUAAAAUAAUAAAUAACAUUAUUAAAAGAAAAAAGACUUAUUAGUCGUGUGAAACUAAUGAUCUACCCCUGCGUCUUGAGCCUUUUGGGUUGGAUUGGGUCUAUGGUGCAUUGAAAGCCUUCAAACCUUAGUGCUCUACACAUUUCGGUCCAUGAUCCUUAUUUGUUGAUGUUGUGCUUUACAUUACUCUCCCUCACUUGCUCUCAGUCUUGCCGUCUCCCCCCCUCCCCCCCUCCCUCUUCCCUCCCCCUUGCACUUCUCCAACUUUUUCUAUCUCUCUUUCUCCUCUCCCUCUCUCUCUCUGCAUCUUUUUUGUUGUGUUAUCAUAUAUAUAUGUAUAUAUAUAUAUAUAUAUAUAUAUAUAUAUUGCUUUUCUGCCAUAAUCGGUUCCGCAAGAAAGUUUUUUAUCACUAGACUGAUUUGUACUCUAUUCUAUUUAAUUUUCUCUAGGUUCGAAUUAUGCCAUAUGCUGAAUAUCCUAUUCCCUUUAGAGUUGGUAUAGCAUCCGAUCCAAUGGCUCUGCGUAGAGGUGGAAAAAGUCUUCCGAUGGAGGAUGCUUUUUAUUGCCAAUGGCCACUUCCUGGCAUUGAUAAGGUUUCAUUUCUAGAUUCCUACUAACAUGUAAAUUUUGAUAUGCCAUGGAUGUGAUGUCUAAAAAUUAGUCUAACAAAUUUCUUGUCAUGGAGUUUGGGCUGUUUGGCAUUUUCGAUGGACAUGGUGGAGCGGUAGCAGCCAAAACUGCUUGCAAGUUAGUUCCCUUCUGUAUGAUUUCAUUUUUUUGUCACACAGCUUUAUGUAUAUACUUUUAGGAUAUCAGCAUGAAAUUUUAUUGUUAAUAUUCAAUUGCACUUAUUAUUAAAAUACAGGCAUAGUCAUGAGCUUGCGUUUUUCCAUUUAUAUUAUUUUGGAAAUUCUAGGUCGUAAGAAAAUUAUGUAAAAGACUAAGGGUGUUUUGCAAAAUUGUGUAAGGUUCCUCCCUAUAUAAUGGGGGUUAGAGGUGAAUGAAUCGGGAGGUGGUUUCCGCCGUUCUCCCCUCUGUCCUCUGUGACGGAGGUCGUUUCUCCAUUUCCAGCAUAUUUCAAUUUUAGACUGGUACCUCUCUCAUUCUUGAAGCACGCAGAAAUAUUUUUAUUGAGGAUCUUCCCCAUUUGUACAUGUACUUCCUUUUCUAUGGAUUGGAAAAACAAGAUGUUAAUCUAGGUUUUCUAAUUUUUUCGUUCAUGUUUUUCAUUCUGAGUUAAUGCUUCCCGUGGAACUAGUGUUAUGAACAGAUCAUCCUAAAAAAUCCCAGAAAAUGCAUUUCCAGUUCCUUUCCUUUUUUGUCUAUUGUUGCCUAAAAGAAAUCUAUACAAAUAAUCCAAUGCCUGAAACACACUUCCUAUGAACACGUCAGACAAAUGUGGAUCUGAGUACAACCAAUCUGUCAUUCAAAUACAGGCCCUUUCAAACGUUUUCAACAUGAUAGUAUUCCAGUCUUUGGUGAAUCUUUAUGGGAUUUCAUCUUUCCACUCCUGAGAAAACACUUUCUUCUUCACAAUAACUUCAUUUCCUUUCAUCCAUGAUUGUAAACGAUAGCAAGGAAUUUUUCUCAUGUUGUGGCUGAUUUCUGUUCCUCCAAUUUUAAGGCCUACUAACCAGAAAUGGUAUUCUCUUAACUUUGGUUUCAACUUUCCCUGCAAAGACCGUUGCCUAGUCUUGUUGAAUGAUUGAAUUGAUCAUAAACAUGGAGUGUUACAUUUUACUUGUAUAGAUAUGAAUGAAAAGAACACUAGAACUUUUGGCAACGGAAGUAUUGGGUGGAAGUUAUCACUAUCGCAUUUUCUAGGGUGAGAGUUGUGAGCUUUUGUAAUGAGCAAGGGCUUGCCUUACUUUUUAGGUUGUUGGGAUCUUAGGAUGGUCUACUCUUGGUGCAGAUUAUGGAGAUCAUUCGGACAGGAUUUUUUCUCUUUGACUAUUUAGUGGGAGUGUAGCUCUCAACUCUCAGAUUAACAAGUUGGUUAUUUUUCUUUUCUUAUGCAUUUUUAUGGUUAUUUGUCAUCGUUUCUUAUGCAUUUUAUGGUUAUUUGUCAUUAAACAGUUUUCCCGCAUUCUAACCACCAAUAAAUCAACAUAUUUAUGCACGUACCUUUUGUGGAUUUGAUUUUAAUAUUUUGCAUUCAUGAUUUUCAGGAUUUUGCCUAGGAUUGUAAGCCAUAGUUUGUCAAACCCUGAAGCGAGAGAAAAGGUCCUUUCUUUAUGUGAUUCAUCUGAAGUUCUUAAAGAGGCCUUUUCUCAGACAGAAGCAGCAAUGAGACAUCAGUAUGAGGUUUUUUUCUCUCUUGCAAAUAUUUGAAAUUACUUUGUGAAAACUGGCCUUUUCUAAAUUUAGAAAAGCUUAUGUAAUCUGUCUGCUUCUCUUGUGAAAAUUUCUUCUUGUUGUUUAGGCUAUUGCGUUAAUGUUUAUUCAAUUAUAAUCUUUGAUAGGUUGCUCUUGAGCUGUGCCCAUUUAAUUUGUACUGUUCAGAUAACAUAUCUUGAGAGCUUGCCAACACAUGAGGGAGUGUUAAAAUUGUCUCAUUGUGGGAAUAGUAAUUAAAACCAUGUUGUAAUCUACAUUGUUUAUUGGCCACUAGUUUUGACUCCGAUGACCCAAUAUUUCAUCACAGACGAGUUUAUUUAAGUUUGGAUCACAUCCAUCACAAAGUUAAGAUGAGAAAUGAAAUCCCAUAAUGUGGAAACUGGUCACCAAGAAACUGUCCACCAGUGAUAGAAUUCAAAUGUUUGAAGCAGAUAUUAUGAGCAAAUGUGCCUAUUGCGGGGUGCAGGAGUCCAUUAGUCAUCACUAUAUGGAAUAUAGGAUUACUAUUUUAUUAUAAAGGCUUAUCUAUUUUCAAGUGAGUCAUUAUUUCGAUAAAACUGAGUUGUUGCAAAAUUGGCAUUAUCUGUCCUAUAGCAUCAAAUCUUUAUCGGUGGAGAUUCUACCUUGCGAGUUACAUGUCAGAAAAUAAUUAACGAAAAAUUAAGAAAUAUACGUAACAUGAUUGACAUGACUGCAUUGCUGUGUUUUUAUCUGUCAAUGGCGGUGGAAAUUGAUGACUGUCUAAGAUUUGUCUUGCUGAAUGUGAUCAAGAGCAUUGGUAACAUGUUCCCUCUACCAACUUGUUGGAUGAGGGUGAAGUUUUUUUUAUUCCUUGAUUUAGUUUUUUUUCAUCUUUUUACUGGCAUAUGCCUUUUUUUGUGUUUUCUUUGUUUUCUUUUUGAUACUUGGACAUUCUACAUAUUCUUUAAUAUAAUAGUAUCCUAGACCACCUUAAAAAAUAAUAAAGGUUUGUGUUGGUUGAGGGCAUGAAUCGGCCUUUAUGGUUUGGUUGUUUGUGAUGGACCAUAUCUGUAAAGUUAUAUACAUCUAUACAUUUAUAGGUAUAUGAAUGUUCCCAACAGAAGGCGAGGUGUUCAGGUGCCUAGGGGGGCAAGCCUAAAUGGUGAUAACCUUCAGUACGUCACGACGUGGGUCGCUUUUGCUUUCAUCUUAGGUAUCCUGUUGGGUGGGUAGUCUUGUAGAAUUGAGCAUCAAUAAUCCACUAACUAAUUAUAUGAUCCUAAGGAAUGUUCUUAGUCAUGAAAAAUUAUGGAACGAGUAUUCCAAGGAUUAUAUGCUUUACCUAAUCUUUCAGCCUACAAAUAACAUGCGAUCUAUUCCUACAUAAUAUGACUUAAGGUUAAGAAAUUUUUGGUUCCGAUAAAAUCAUCACUCUGGUCGGUAUAGGCAACUUAGCAAGUAUGACGUUAAUGUUAUGUCAUUUCUUUUUUUAUCUACUUCUUUCUUUAUCUAUCAUUGUUCUUGAAAUAAUAUUUUCUAGUCCGUCCUUUGUAUGGAAUGUUUUGUUCGACCUGCAUGAAUGCAUUAAUUAUAGACUGGAUCUUUUUCAGGGUUGUACUGCCACAGUGCUUUUGCUUUGGGCUGACGACAGGAAUGAGCUCUUUGCUCAAUGUGCAAAUGUUGGUGAUUCAGCUUGUAUUGUAAAGUAAUAUUUUUUUUUUCCUUGUUAUUUUUCCUUAUUUAAUUUUUUAUACAUAUUAUGAUUUUUGAAUAUUAUUUUUCAAUUAACAUAUGCCUUCAUUCUUCAAUGGCCAACUAUAAGAAUAAUGCUGCAUUCCAUGUCUUUUAGUUUUCAUGUUUGUUUUAUUUAUGGAAUUAGAAAUGUUGGAAUCAAGACUGUUGUGCCACUUGAACCAAAAUUACCUUCACUUCUAAGAAGUAAAUUGAAAUAUAUUUUAUGACCGUUUUCUAGAAUUGAAAUUUGUUCAGGCUGUGUUCUUUCAACUUUUUUUCAUGGAUGAGCCUCAUAAACUUCCGGAUAUUUGGAUGUUCAGCUUUGAAAAUAAAAGUUUUUCAAUAAUGUUCAUAAAUCUGACUUGUUGUUUUCUUUCCUUCUGCUGUUUGAUUAGACUUGAGCCUUCAGUUUUUGUUUCUGUUAAUCUAGGCUGAACCCCCGGUAGUGAAUGGGGUUCUUAAAUCCCUCAGAUGCCCUUGGAUCCCUUAUUUUAAAUUUGAUUUGGCACUGCAUUUAUCUCUUUUUCAUCGUGUUGAGCUUAAGAAAAGCUUUUCAGUUUUGGUUAGUUAUUUUCCUUUAUGUUUGAAUGUUUGAUUAGAUUUCCUUUUUUUGUGAUGAGUGUAAUUCCAGUUAGGGAUACACUCUCUCAUCAGAGGUUUUAUUUAGUUUCCCUAUUAGUUUGGCUGUUUAGUUGUAUUGAGAAUAAUAGGUUUCCUUUUUUUUUUCCUUUUAUUGUUUAUCCAUACACAUCAGAGGAGGUAUGAAAUAAAAAUUUAUAAGUGCUGAUGUUCACCGUUAGCAUCAAAAGUGCAUUUUACUCUAUUCUUAAGCCCUUGCAGGUCAAUUUGUUUUAUUUCAGAGUCAGUGUUCAACACCAAAAAUAGUUCCACUGUGGUAUAAUUUAUUAUUUUUCCUCUGAUUAGUUCCUUCUAUCCUCUUGCAUGCUGGUAUCCAAUUUGUAUCAUUAACUGCUGGCUAGUUGGUGAAAGAAAUAAUAGUAAAUCGAUGGAUGCUAAAUGUUGUGGCAUGCUCUCCUUUCAGUCGUAAUUUAAUCUGGACUGACUCUUCACUUCUUAUUUAUGGUCUCAUUAAGUUCGUGCCACUGCAUGCGGCUCAGUUGGCAUGACUAUUGGUCCAGUUUUCUGGCAUACGUUAUGCAGAUCACAUUAAUUCUCCACUGACUUUGUGCGCCAUUGUGACUGCUAGGAAGGCCUUGGCGAGUUUUGUUAGUAAUAAGAAACUUUAUCGCAAUCAAGUUGGUCAGUUCUGCUCUAUUGACAGCUAUUUUAUCCUAGCUAGGUCCAAAAAUAGAGAAAAGAGAGGAAAUAGAGGAAAGAUUGGAAAAAUAAGACAGAAGAAAAGAAGAAAGAUGUUACGAAGGCAUGGUGAUCUUUUCUCUAUCUUUUCUUCUAUAGGUAUUGUCAUUUUCUACUUGCUGCAUAGUAUCACUGCACCUACAUCAAGUUAUGGUUGUCCUCAUCUCUUCAGUUUUCAGGGCAUCAACUUGUUAAAAAAUCGUCCCUUUUUCUAGAUGGUCAACUUCAGAGAUGCAAAAAGUUAACCGGAAAUGCGAACCAGAUCAACUUCAACCUUACAUCAUAGGGUUCAUCCAAACGAAUAACCUUGGCAUAUCGGCUUGUCUCCUGAUUUUGUCUUGGUAACCAUUGUGCUUGUAGGCUGCUCACUCAUUUUCCACUUCUUUCUCUCUACUAUGGGAUUCACGCACAAUUUGGUUUCAUGUGAAUUAGGUGGCUUGUUGAUGCUUUUGUGAAGCUAGAAGCUGUCUUCCUUCUUGCUUAGGACAUGACUAUUGUGAAUUAUUUUGCUGCUUGAAUGCUGCCUUUUUACAAUGUCACUUCAACACCUAUCUCCUUGGCUGCAUUUUGUCUUUUUAAAUUUUAUUGUGGACAAGAUUCUUCUCCACCUGAUGAUAUUUCUCUAGUGCUUUCAAUGAUUCCCUUUUUCUGCCAUUUUGACCACCUAUCAUGCCUUUCUCAAGGAAUUUAUUUACAGAGUCAUUAAAUAGUCAACGUUUUGUCUUGUGUAAUAAGCUGGAGUAAAACUGGUACUCAUUAGAAUAGUUAGUCUUUUUCAUUAAUUGGGCCCAUAUUCUCAGUGUGAUGCCUCCCACUUCACUGAGAGGGGUUUCUGGAGUGGAAAUUGGGCACACACCUGAGUAGUGCACACUCGUGCUGAGCACGCAGCAGGCAUGCUGGCCCAGUGUGGCACAUGUGGGUUGGCACAGUGCAUGCAGGAGCAUGGCACGGCAUGCAUGGCAGCACAUGGGAGGUGUGCAGACGUGUGGCGAAGUUCUGCUCCAGGAACCCCACUGUGAGGUGGAGAAAAAGAGACUACAUGGCCAGUUAAUGAAAAAACUAACUAUUCUAUGGAGUAACUGUUUUACUCCAACUUGUUACAUAAGACAAAAUUUUUACUAUUUAAUGACUCUGUAAAUAAAUUACUUGAGAGAAACAUAAUAGACGGUCAAAAUAGCAGAAAAAGGAAUCGUUGAAAGCACUGGAGACCAUUUGGAGGUGUAUAGAAGACCGCUAAACAAUCACAAGAUGAGUGUGAUAGCCUGCUUAUGAAGAAGCCAAAAUUUCGAAAGAUUUUGUGUAGGAUAUUUCUAGUUCUCUGAUAAAACCAUGGGCAACUGUUGUGUUAGCUGUGGUGUUGUUCAAACAUGCUCAAUGGUAGUUGGACUUAGACUACCCGAAAGGAACCGUCCAAAUCAGUAAUUUCUUACAAAGUUUAGUGAGGCCUGGUGACUUGGAAUCUUUACAGUAGUUCACUGUCUCUUCAAUAUGUCAAAAAGGUUCAGAUGGAACUUGAGAAUUCUAAUUAUAAAUAUCACUCUUCAGACUGACCCAGAACCUUUCUCAUCUUGUUAACAUUAUGCUCGCCAUGUAAUCAGUUUUUUAUCAUCUGUCAGUACGUAAUUUUCAAUUGGUAUUGUCUUCAUUAUUUCCGUGUUUUCAAAAAUCAUUCCUCGUCCCUCGUGAUUUGAUUUGAUAUGUUGUUAAAUAAUAGGCGUCUCUAGACGUUGUUGUUCCCAUUGCUUGUGAGAGCACUUACGUUGCUUUGUUAGGCAUAUUGUUGCCCCAGGAUCAAUAGAUUUAGGGUUUUGUUGAGACUUAUGGGGUAGGAAUCAACUAGUGGAGAACAGCUAAAGGUCAUGGUAUCGGCACAGGAUAGACCAUCACCCCUCAACUUCCGAAAUACCUGUUUCUUAGGACAGAUGAUGAUAAAUCUUCACUUAUUGUUCCCAAAUCCUCAAAUCUGAGAAUUGAAACAUAAAUUUCUGUGAACUUGUAUCCAUACAUUUCAUAAGGUAGGCUCUUUUUUCCAGGAGAUGGGCCAAGCUUGGGGUUGACUCAAUGACAGCGAGUCUGUCCGUGAUGUGUUUUCUGCCAAAUGAAGCAGUUGUGCUCUUUUAUGCCUAUCUUGCCUUUUCUAAAUCCAUGGUAGUUCGUCAAUCCACUUUGCUAUUUGCCACAGAGAAUUGAGAGCAUUAUUGGAAACUUUCAGUACAUAAAAGUCAAUACAGAACGAAAUUCCAAGAGAAAUUUUCUAGCUCUGCUUUUUGAAAUACCUUUAACCUUUUCGAAUGCCAGAAUUGUAACCUAGUGUUGUGUUAUCUUUAGGCAUUAAUCAUUUACGCCAUAUUUCUGCUAUAUGAGACUCAGCUCUCAACCGCGUUUUAUUUCUGGCAGCGUUGAUGGAAUUGACAUCAAAAUGACAGAGGACCAUAGAAUAGCGAGCGCUUCUGAGAGGACCCGCUUUCAGUACAUAAAAGUCAAUACAGAACGAAAUUCCAAGAGAAAUUUUCUAGCUCUGCUUUUUGAAAUACCUUUAACCUUUUCGAAUGCCAGAAUUGUAACCUAGUGUUGUGUUAUCUUUAGGCAUUAAUCAUUUACGCCAUAUUUCUGCUAUAUGAGACUCAGCUCUCAACCGCGUUUUAUUUCUGGCAGCGUUGAUGGAAUUGACAUCAAAAUGACAGAGGACCAUAGAAUAGCGAGCGCUUCUGAGAGGACCCGCUUCAGUGAAACAGGGCAGCCAUUGGAAAUAGGCCAAACUCGCCUAUAUGGUUCUCUCCCUUUUCCUUACUUUCUGGAUCUUAUACUCAAACAUCACGCAAAACAUACCAUGGAUGUGGUGGAUUUUUUUUAAUAAUCUCAUUUAUUCAUCUGGGUUUGCAGGAAUCAAUAUCAGUCGCAUGCUUGGAGACAAGUUUUUAAAAGAACAAGAUCUACGUUUUAGUUCAGAACCUUACAUAAGUCAAGUUGUCCACUUAAAAAGAGGUAGUAUGGCGUUUGCGCUACUAGCAAGGUAAUUUCUCAGUGUUUGAGCUCUUCACCAGUCUUCUGUCAAAUUCUGUUGUUGAGCGAUGCUCAUUACCUGAUUGCUCUGUUUCGUUCUUGGUUUGUGGUCAAACAUCAGUGACGGUCUGUGGGAUGUGAUCAGCAUCAAGAGAGCUGUGCAGCUUGUCCUUCAGGUAUGCUUUGUCUAUUGCAUUGAUGGAACACUGUUUGAGCCGCUUGUGUAGAUUAGACUCUUUUAGGUCCUGGCGGAUGUCAAAAGGGGAAUCAUUCAUAGUUUUAAAUUUUGAGUUAAAACUAAGUGUAAUAUUUUAUAUUAAAAUCGGAUGACAUCUGCCAUUAAAUUUCGCAUGUAUUUUAUAAAGUGUAAGAAACGUAUGACACCCGUCAGUUCCUCAAAGUGUAGUACUAUUGAUGAAACUUGAGGGUGGAUUUGCCUCUUCAAGAUAUGGGACUAAAGUCUGAUAGGUUUCGAAAGAAAUGGAACAGAAGGAUUGCUUACUUUUGGAAACUCGUAAUAAAAAUAUUAAGGGUAUUACUAACUAUAGCAGCUAUAAGUUUCUGAAAGUACACUAGUAAGCAUUACUUCCUGCUGACAUUCACAUUCUAUGCCUUGUGACUUUCAUGGGAAAAUAUAGGUUAGUACUGGUCUGAUCAUUGAUUCACAUUAUUAUUUUGACCAAUAGCAUAUAUCGUGCAUCCUUUUGUUUUACUUAUUUGAUGUCUUGAUUUGAAAAAUGACUGGUCGCCAAUAAUAUUUGGGGAAUCAACGGACCGCGUCUGGUGAAAUUUGCAGGCAAAAGCAGGAACCAAUACAUGUAAAGGCAGCUCAGCUGACAAUGUGGCCAAUAUUAUACUGAAUGAAGCCAGGACUCUGCGAACGAAAGAUAACACGUCUGUGAUCUUCUUGGAUUUUGAUACCUUGUGA